AUGGGGGCACUGCUGGGGCUGCUGGUGCUGCUGGGCCUGGCGGGGUGUCCCACCACCUGGGGGGACCUAUCUGGGGACCUGCGUGUCACUGCCACCUGGGUGACGGUGCCACGGCAGUUGAGCCCCCGGGCCGACGCCAGCUCCCCAUCCGUCUCCUACUGGCUGGAGGUGGAGGGUCGGCCGCGGGUGCUGCGCCUGUGGCCCCGGCGGGGCCUGGUCUCCCACCCCUUCACCUUGGUCACCUAUGGCAAGGACGGCGCCCGCUGGGAGGAGCACCCCUUCGUGCAGGACAACUGCUUCUACCAAGGCGAGGUGCAGGGGAGCCCUGGCUCCCUGGUGGCCCUCGGCACCUGCGGCAGGGGCAUCCAUGGUGUGCUCUGGGUGGAGGAUGGCACCUACGAGAUCGAGCCCAUCCCUGACGAUCCGGCCUUCCGGCACAUCCUUUACCGCAUAGAGGAGGCCAACAACACAGUGGGCCCCUCCUGUGGGCUGACCCCGGAGGAGCUGCAGCACCAAAAGGCUUUGUUUCCCUGGUUCAAGGCCCCCCAGGUGGUGGAGGAGGAGAUGCUGAAGGACUGGUGGACACAUGUCAGGUAUGUGAAGAUCGUAGUGGUCGUGGACAACGUGCGGUUUGUGAAGUCGGGCAGGAACGAAUCUGAAGUCUUGAGGCAGGUCAUAGAAAUCAUCAACAUUGCGGACUCUCUGUAUGAACCGCUUUCUGUUCGGCUUUUUCUUGUGGGUUUGGAGAUCUGGACCAAAAACAACCUUAUAAACAUUACGAACUCUAUCAACAAGGCACUUGAUGACUUUAACAUGUGGCGGAAGUCAGACCUGUCGCCACGGUUGCGCCAUGAUGUUGCUCACUUAUUUGCCUUUCAGAGCUUUGGAAGAACCCUGGGAUUGGCAUUUGUAGGGUCCGUGUGUAAUAACCAGUGGUCAUCAGCAGUCGCUUCUUUCACCAAUAGGAAAUUGUCCUCAUUUGUUAUCACAUUUGCCCAUGAGUUGGGCCAUACUCUUGGGAUGCGCCACGAUGAACCGGGCUGUAAAUGCAGGCGAAAGAAAUGCAUUAUGUAUGAAAGCAGUGUUGACACCGAUGCGUUCAGUGACUGCAGUUACCAAGACUAUUUUGACCUGCAGGGACGUGGCGCCAGCUGCAUUCGCCAACCACCAGAACCUGGCACUUUCUACACCAUGAAGCGUGAAUACUGUGGGAAUGAGAUAAUAGAAGGAGGAGAGCAAUGUGACUGUGGUUCAGAAUCAAACUGCAGAAAGGAUCCUUGUUGUCACCCGAACUGUACGUUUACUGCAGCUUCAGUCUGUGCUUCUGGAAAAUGCUGCAAGAGCUGUAAGGUCCUUCCAGCUGGAACGCUCUGCAGAGUGAGUACUGGUGACUGUGACCUGCCAGAGUAUUGCAAUGGGACUUCCCCUUGGUGCCCGGCGGAUGUGUACAUACAAGAUGGAACCCCUUGCAAAGAUGGUGCUUAUUGCUAUCGAGGAAAAUGUUCGUCCCAUAGUAAACAGUGCCAGCGUCUCUUUGGCAAAAAAGCGAGGGCCGCUCCUUUAGAUUGCUUCAAAGCAGUGAAUACUCAAGGUGAUCGGUUUGGGAAUUGUGGUACUCGUAACAAUAUCCGUUUUAUAAAAUGCAGUAUUGAGAAUAUCUUAUGUGGUAGGAUCCAGUGUGAAAACAUAGACAAAUUGCCUCUCUUGCAGAACCACGUAACGCUAAUUCAAACCCCUGUUGGAGGUAAAAUAUGUUGGGGUCUCGACUAUCACGUAGGGAUGCCAAUAGCUGACAUGGGGGCCGUGGAAGAUGGCACGCCAUGUGGUAGUGAUAAGCUUUGUAUCAACAGCACAUGUACCAGCGUAUCACUGCUGAAGUACGACUGUAACACGACGGUGUGUCACAACAGAGGAGUGUGUAACAAUCGUAAGAACUGUCACUGCAGGUAUGGCUGGGCUCCUCCGUAUUGUGAGUGGAAAGGAUUCGGAGGGAGCGUUGACAGUGGACCCCCUCCAGCCAGGGAAAUUUUUCAGAGAGCAAAAAUAGCAGUAAAAGUACUUAGUCAUCUUUUGCUCUGUAUCCUUGGAGCAACCCUCACCAUACGUUAUAAACAGGAAAUAGUGGGAUGGCUUAGGAGGAAAAAGGCCCAACUUUGUAGAAGAAGAUAG